GGCCCCCUGCCCCUCGGUGCCCGCGCCCUGGCCGCCGCCGCCGGCGGCGGGGGCGGCCGCCGACGCGGGGGAGGGCGCCCUGCGGGUGUCCAUGCGCAGGCUCCAGGCGAAGGUGUGGGAGCUGACGGAGGGGCAGGAGAGCCUGCGCCAGGAGCUGCAUCUCGUCAGGCUCGGCGUUCGGGGCCCGUGCCAGCGCGCCGACGACGGGGACCACCACGGCGGCUGCGCGCCCGACCCCGCGCCGACGGCGCGCGAGGGCCCGGGCGACCACGGGCGCGGGCUCUCGCCGCCGCCACCGCCCGCGCAGGCGAGAACGGUGGACGUCGUCCGCGGGGGCCCGCACGGCCUCGACGCCCACGAGAGGCGGCACGAGCCCGCGCCGCCGCACCCGCAGGCGGCGCCGCCCGGCCACCCCGGCCGGGCGGCGAGCGUCCCGGCACCACCAGGCGGCCAAGAAUUCGACGCGGACCAGGACGUGAUGGCCCGGUUGACGAACCAGAUGGCCAGCACCUACGCGUCGCUGCGGGCGAGCCUGCCGUCGAUGAGGGGCAGCCUGCGCCGGCCCAGGCUGAGCUGCGUCUGAGCCGCGGCCCGUGCCUGGCGAGAGCGGCGCGCCCCCCUCGCCGAGCCCCACGCUCGCCCCGAGACCCUCCGGGCUGCACGCGGGAAAGCUGGAGCAGCCACUGGUC